CUCAUCUCGCAAAGGUCACUCUCUGACUCUGAGUCUCUCUGACUCUGAUCAGGGCGGCUCAUGCAGGGAGCGGUCAGUUUGCAUUUCAAGCAGAGGAUGCCCUGAACGCCUGAUUUGAUAAUCUUAUGGAACCGUCCUCCCACCAAUGGUGUCCGAGUGAACCAUUGAAACCCUGGAACCGCGUGCAUUAAGUAGGCCCCUAAUCUGCAUAGGACAUUGCCCGAACAUUGUUUGAGCAAAGCGGAACAACAUUGACCUCGUUCAGCUAAUUGUGAGGCCCAUUAGUGUUCCAGGUUGCAAUUGUUUGCAGCUGCAAGGCAAUUGAGCUGGAUGGGGAUCGAGAUCUAGGGUUUGUUUUGGCGCCGCUAGCGUAUUUAAGUGGCGCAGCAAGAGCUCUCUCUUUGGUUCUGCCCGCUGAAGCAGCAUCCAUGGAUGUCAAUCUUAAAGACGUUGGGAAGAAGUUCUUUCAGCAAGUCACUUCAGUAGGUCUCCCUCAUGGAAGACCCAAGGUCCCAAAAAGCGCGCUCGCUGCUGCUGCGUUGGCAGAGAGGGUCAUGGCCACACCCCCCCAUGAGAAGCUCGCACUGACUGAGCCUCCUUCAGAGUAUUCUUCCAAGCCAGACAUGGCUGCGGCAGCAGGAGCUCGUCCUAGGGGGCAUAAACCGGAGGAGCUGGAUGCUAACUUCUAUGAAAAGGACUUUGACCCAAUUCUUGCACUCCUGCAAGAGUUGCCGUCGGAAGGGCCUGAUUCAGGCUACUUCCGAGAGCGAGUCAAGAAGCGGAUGGAUCAAUUAGACGUGGUCAAUGAGCACCUGUCGAAGCAGGUGAUGAGGCACCAUGACGAGAUGGUGCAAGGGAUGUCUCUAGUGGGCGAGCUGGAACGCGACUUGCAGGUCGCAAAGAUCAUCAGCAAGAACGGGCGGCGCUCGCUGUCGUCGGCGAUGAAGGAGGUGAACUCGGACCUGGUGGUGACGGCCAACGUGAAGCGGAAGCAGAUCCUGCUGGACAUGCUGCCCAUCCUGCUGCGCAUGCAGAGCAUCACCGACAUCAAGGCCAGGCUGCAGGGCACGAUCGACGAGGGGAACUACGCAAAAGCACUGCGCAUGUGCUCGGAGUGCCUGGUUGUGAUCGAUGCCUGCAAGGAACUCACUGCGAUCCAGGACAUGACGGACAGCAUCGAGGACGCCUUGAAGAUCACGGUGGAGAAGGUGGACGCCGCGCUUAUGGAGGCGUGCAAGAGCUUUGACACCAAAGCGUAUGCCAAGGUUGUGGAUGCGUAUGCGGUCAUGGACGACCCGACGACCUUGUCAGACAAGAUCCAGACAUACUUCGCCCAGCACAUCGUGUCAAUCACGCACGACGUGCUCAAGAGCUACGUCUUCCUGCCGGACCCCAAUCAGGAACCGGAGGAUCCUGCAUCUAUCGCCAAGAAAGCCAGGCUCCCUUACAAUGACCUCAGCGCCCAAUUGACCGAGCCCCAGUUCCGGUCGUGCCUCCAGAAAACGCUGGAAGUCCUGUACGACCUGCUGUGCACGUACCAACAGAUGAUUACUUGGCAACACCCCAAGCUUGUCGAACAAGCAGACGGCCGUCCUUCGCUUCUCAACGGCAAGGGCCACCGGCGCCAGGGCAGUGCCGGCACCCUCUCGCCCCCACGGGAGCAUCCCUCCAGUCCCCCCUCAGACCCGGAAAGACAAAACCGGGGCAAAGAGGCGUCCACCAGCCAGUCUUCGGGCCAUCUUGACGAUCUUCACUCAGGCCGGCCAGACUCCCCGUCGAGGCAUGGAAGCAUCCUGGGAGAAAACUCGACGUUGGCAAAGCGGUCGGGGAGUGCGGGCUCGCUGGAGGAAGCGAACGGGGUGACCGACGCAGACGGGCAUGCGGCGUUGCCUGCGGUUACGGGGGGGGUGCCGAACCAGCUGCGACGACAGACGACGGAGGGGGUCAGGAAGGCACUGGAGCGGGGCAGGAAAACGGUAUGGGAGCUGGCCGCCCGGCGCGUGGCGGCGCUGCUGUCAGCGGACGCGGUGUGCAGCUCCACGCCACACCAUUUCUUGCAAAGCCUGGACUGGACCAACAAAUUCAUUCUCGCGGGCGAGGCCUUCAGCGGGACGGAAGCACACGGGUUGCGAGCGAGGGUGUCGAAGCAGAGCGAAAAGUACUUCAAAACGUUCCACCGGCAAAACCUUGAGGUCCUGCGCAUGGUCCUCGAGAAGGAGCAGUGGAACCGCCUCCCCCAGUCGGCCCUGAAAGCCGUCAGCCUGGCUGGCCUCACCGGGGGUGGCGGCCAGGCCCCGCCCGCACCCGGCUCCUUUUCUACUGACCACAGCAAAACAGACUCGCCGCCGCACGGAAACGCCACAGCCUCCGAGGCCGGAGGCAAUCCUGCGGAAAACGGUCACGUGCGCACGUUCGCUGAGUGGAUGGUUGCGGGGAACCCGUUUGCGGUCAUCAGGCGAGAUGGCUCGAUAGGGGGCGCACAGUUGGAGCGGAGCGCGGCUGCGGCGCUGACGCCACGGCUGUCGAACGGGGACGCAGCAGUGAGCAGCCAGCACGCGUCUGCCGCGCCCGGCGCCGCGUCCCCUGCUCAUACGGACGACGAAGAUGAGGACGUGAACGAGGAGCUGCUGGCGGAUUACAUCGACGAGGACUCGCAGCGGCCGUCCGCGCGUGCGGCCCGGCGGUCGUCGGGACCGGGGAAGCCGGGGCGGCGAAUAUCGGAUGACGGGGAGGAGGGGCCCUGCUUGACGGGGAGCUCCAUUAGCGUGUUGCGGUACAUGGAUAAGUAUGCUCGGCUGAUGCAGAUCCUACAGCCCAUCUCGGUGGAGGUUUUCAAGGGCAUGUGCCAGCUGUUCGAGCUGUACAUAUUCACCUUGUUCCGGCUCUUCGGGCAGAGGGAGGCGUUCCAGACGCAGAAGGCCGGCGAAUCAUCCUCUUUGUUGACCCCCCGGCUGCGGUCCACCCUGGUGCGCAUCGCCCAGGGCCUGGAGGAGUUCCGCUCCAAGACGGCGGCGGCGUCUGCGUCUUCUGCAGCAGCAGCGGCUGUGGCAGCAGUGACCAGCGGCGCGCCCGGAUCGCUCCUCGCGGACCUCGCGGCAGCGCCCACCGGGACCAAGUUCAGCCUGCAGGAGCGUGUUGUAGCGGUCGAGUCCGUGCUGUUUCUGGCGGAGCAGUUCCGGCGGUCCCGGGGCCGCUUCCAGGCUCUCCUCCCACAGUCGUCCGCAGGCACGACAGAGCACUUCUAUGCGCGCACCAUUGACGCGGUCCCGGACCUGCGGGAGCACAUCUACAAGACGCUAGCGCGGCUGCUGCUCAAUGUGCAAGCGUACACGGACAAGAUUGCGAACGCGCGGUGGGAGUUGAAGGAGCUUGGCAUGGAGCACAAUGCGCACGUGGACCAGAUCCUGUCGGACUACCGGCAGCUCACCAUCAAGAUCCCGCAAGCCAAGGUCUCAAAAGAGGUGCAAGAGCUGCUCUUCGAGUAUGCCACGGACGGGAUCGGGGAAGCGCUGGUCGAAGGCUUCAGCCGGGUGAAGCGGUGCACCAACGAGGGGCGGGCGUUGAUGUCCCUGGACCUGCAAGUGCUCCUCAACGGGCUCCAAAACCUGUCUCCGACCAAAACGAAACCCAACAUGCAAAUAGUAGAUAAUUAUAUCAAGGCGUUCUACGUUCCUGAAACCGAGUUCCUACAUUGGGCGAGAACGCACCCAGAGUAUAGCAAGGCACAGAUCGUGGCCAUUGUCAACCUCGUUGCGACAAUGAACAACUGGAAACGGAAGACACGAGUUGACCUUGUUGAGAAGAUUGAGUCUGGCGAACUUGGAUGAAAAGCAGACUAAACGAGGGGAGCUUUAAAGACGUGCAAGGUUCUCCAUCCAUCUUAAGCAAUCUGGAAACGAUUAACUUGAUCAUGCAUGUAAGCUGCGCUGUAAUGAAUGCUCGUUUGGGCAAGGCUGGCCUUCGUUG